GGUUGGGAACGGAGCCGUGUCUAUCCAGGCUGUUGGGAACUAAGAUGGAGGACUGGGGAAAGCGAAAUAUGGAUCUGUACAGAGUUUUGUAGACAGACUCGAAGAUUUCGUGUUUCCCGUUGUACUUAUGGAGGAACUUUUAGAAGCUGAUCAUGCCUAGAAAGGGAAAUGGACAGCUUCCGUUACCCGACGGUUGGGAAGAGGCGAGGGAUUACGAUGGCAAAGUGUUUUAUAUCGACCAUAACACUAAACAAACCAGCUGGAUUGACCCAAGGGACAGGCUGACGAAGCCCCUGUCGUUUGCGGACUGCGUCGGGGACGAGCUGCCAUGGGGCUGGGAAGCCGCCUACGACCCCCAGAUCGGGAUCUACUACAUCGACCACAUCAACAAGACCACCCAGCUGGAGGACCCCCGCAAGGAAUGGCGCAAAGAACAGGAGCGCAUGCUGAAAGACUACCUGGCGGUGGCCCAGGACGCACUGCGAGCCCAGAAGGAGCUUUACCAGGUCAAGGAGCAGAGACUGGCACUGGCCCUGGAUCAGUAUGUGCGCCUCAACGACGCCUACAAGGAGAAGUCCAGCUCCCGCACCAGCUUGUUCUCCGGCUCAUCUUCGAGCACCAAGUACGACCCGGACAUCUUAAAAGCAGAAAUAUCAACCACGAAAGUGCGAGUGGGCAACCUGAAGCGGGAGCUCUCGCAGAUGAAGCAGGACCUCUUCUACAAGGAACAGGGCUUCGAAACCCUGCAGCAAAUUGACCAAAAAAUGUGCGGUGGCCAGAGUGGUUACCGUCUGAAGGAGGCCAAGGCCAUCGUGAGCGAGCUGAAGUCCAUCCGGCGAGCCAUCAGCACAGGGGAGAAGGAGCGGCUGGACCUCAUGCAGUGUCUGGCCAAGUUGAAAGGUCGCUUCCACCCGGACCAGAGUGUCGGUCGCUCAGAACCAGACCUGCGGCACCCACCCACCUCCCAAAUACUGUUCCGACGCACCCUGGAUGUGGGGUCCCAGACUGACGUCUCUGGAGAGGCUGGGCUGCGCGGUGGCUCCACUCUGGCUGAAAAGGUGCGACUCAGUCUACAGUAUGAAGAAGCCAAGAGAAGCAUGGCCAACGCGAAAAUCGAGCUCGCCAAACUGGAUGGGGAGGCGUGGCCGGGCGAGCUGGACGCGGAGCGUGAGCGCCUCCUGCUGCUCAACGAGAAGGAGGAGCUGUUGAAGGAGCUGCAGUUCGUCACGCCGCGCAGGCGCUCGGCCGGCGACCUGCGGCGCCUGGAGGCAGAGAGACUCCGCCUAGAGGAGGAGCUUCUGUCGGCCCGGACCACCCCCAGCCAGGCGCUGGCCCAGAGGCUGAAGGUGCAGGAGAGGCGACGGGUCUUGGUGCAGAAGCUGGAGGAAUCGACCCGGCAGGCCACGGUGCUGCAGUCUCAGCUAAAGAGCCUUUCCGCCAGCACACUGUCCGUGUCGUCGGGCAGCAGUCUGGGCUCUCUGGCCUCUAGCCGCGGCUCCCUCAAUGCGUCCAGCCGCGGCUCGCUGAACUCGCUGAGCUCGGCCGAGCUCUACUACAGCCCUGCGGAGCCUCCUCUGGACAUCGAGCUGCUGCUGCAGGAGCGCGGCGGCUCCUACGCGCCGCCCGGCGCCAUCACCACCAUCCACGAGCACGAGGUGGUCCGGGGCAGCCGCGACGGCCCCGCCCCUGACCAGCCCCCCAAGUCUUUGGCCUCGCUGUCCUCGCGCUCCUCGCUGUCCUCGUUGUCGCCCCCCGGGUCGCCGCUGGUGCUGGACGCCGUCUUCUCGUCAGCACGGGACCUGCCCGUCGACUUUGGGGAGUGCGAGGCGAUGGCGGCGGGCAGCGAAUUCGCAGGCCUGAGUUUCUAUGAGAGCCAGCCGCUGCAGGAGGUCGAGAGUGCGGACAGGGAGUCGGGGGAUGCUCCGCGGCGGGGGACGCUGGCAGCUCUCCAGGAGGGAAUGGCAGAUCNCCUGCAGAGCCCCCUGCUGGAGGAGCAGCCAGCCUGCGUGUCGGCUGCCAUCUCUGACGAGUCUGUGGCAGGUGACAGUGGCGUGUACGAGGCAUCGGUCAAACGGUCCAAUGAGGUGGAAGAUCCGGCCUACACUGAGGAUGAACCCGCCCCCCUGGAGGCGGUGCAACUCCAACUCGGGCUGAAGUAUGACGCGGCAAACUCCGGGUUGGUCAUCGUCGUCAUGCAGCUGCAGUGUCAGGGUGCCGUGCUGGUUCCUCCCGGUACCAAAGUGUAUCUGCGGCUCGUCCUGCUCCCCUCCUCCAGCGACGCCAGCUGCCUGUUCCGCACUCGGGUGCUGAGCCUCGCGGAGGGCAUGACCUUCAGCGACAUCUUCCGGGCGUCCGGCACCUGGGAAGCGCUUUGGUGCAAGACUCUGCGGGUGGACCUGUGCCGCGUGGGCCAGUCACGGCAGGAGGAGUGCCUGGCGGGGGCACUUGUCAGCCUGACAAACCUGCAGCUCACCGGGGACCUGUCCACUCAGUGGUACGAGUUGCAUGCCCACAGAAGGAGCAAGGAGCUACGAGAGGACAGGCCUGUCCCCCGUGAGGGGGGGCAGCACACCUGUGGGGGUGCCGUGGACCUGGAUGCGGUGUCGGCCCUCCUGCAGAGGACCUCCACGGAGCUGCAGGCAGUGGAGCAGGAGCUGGCCCAGGAGGAGAGGGAGAGCCAGCUGGGGGUGGGGGAGGAAUGGUAUGGUCCCCACCCAUGUAAUCUAUCACUGUGUCCCCUCGCUGGGGGGGCAGCGGUGCGGCCCAAGGAGCGUGGGGGGGGGGGGCCUGGGCCCAGGCAGAGGGCCUUUGCACGGAACAGCUCAGUGAUGCGCUCCCACACCUUCUCCCCUGGGGAGCGCAACCAGUACAUCUGCAGACUGAGCCGCAGCGACAGCGACAGCUCCACGUUGUCCCGGAAGUCUCCUUUCAUCCGAAAUGCUUCAGAGAGACGGAGCCUGAGAGUCAAACAGACCAUCCGACAGCCCACGCUGCGAGGGCCGGUGGCAGACCGCCCAGCACGGACCUCUCUGGACCUGGAGCUGGACCUCCAGGCCGUGAGGACCCGUCAGAAUCACCUGGAAGAGGAGCUGCGGCGGCUGCGUGAGCUGAAGAUGCGGCUGGAGGCUCUGAAGGCGCGCGGGGAGACGGAGCUGCCCUUCGCCGUGCUGGAGGAUGAGCGAUUUCACAGGCUGCUCCAGCAGGCCGAGAAGCAGGCGGAGCAGUCAAAGGAGGAGCAGAAGCAGGGCUUGAAGGCAGAGAAGCUUCUGAGGAAGGCCUCCAAGGACGUGUGUCGUCUGCGGGAGCAGAGCCAGAAGGUGCCCCUGCAGGUGCAGUCGUUCAGGGAGAAGAUGGCCUACUUCACAAGAGCUAAGAUACUCAUACCCUCACUACCUGCAGAUGAUGUAUGAUCCUGUUUAUAGAAAAUAUCAAAGUAUUUUUUCCACCUUUAUAGCAGAGUAUUUUUUAAUAGUGUAGCCCCUACAAUUAAAACGAAAAAAAAAAAAAAGAUUCUAAUAGUUUUACACCAUAGAUGUAUUUAUAUAAGUUGUAAUUGAAACUAUCAUGUUAAAAAAAGGCUUUCUUUUUUUAAGAGAAAACCAAAGUAGAUUUUGGUACAUGUCUGUGAUAAUGACUUGUCUGUACAGUUUGUGUACACACGUCAUGAUGUAUUUUGUAAAGUUGAGUCGCACGGAACAAACUGAGACGGCCACAGCCUGCGCCAGUGCUCUUUGUCGCCCCCUGGUGUCCGACACGAGGACUGCAGUGUGGGUGAGAGUGUCAGUGUUAAGUCUGGGGUGUGAAUGUGGGAGAGGUGAGGCUGCCUUGCCUUCUGUUUGAAUAAUGAAGCCCAGCCCCACCCCCCCCCCCCCCUUUUUAAUCAAAACAUCAAAACGAAAGACAUACUUUGUGAAUGUAUACCAUGGUCCUGUUGGUCUUUUUGUUACUGCACUGAUCUCUACGUCCUGUUUUUUAUUUUUUGUGACGUUGCACAUUUUACAGAAGCCUCUCCACUUGGUCAGUAUUCUGUCUGCUAGCGUAAUGCCACAUUAGCAUAAAUCCCAUUAGCUAAAAUCAUAAGUCAUUUCCUGUCCUGUGCCUGUUGAAGCUGCACUGUUCUUUUCAUAAAGGGUGCGAGAACUCGUGUAGCUGUGUGCUUAGGAGAUGUUCUGUCGCAGACAGUUCCACAUGGCGAUUUUUAUUUUUUUUUCCCAAAUAACAAGCGGGGGCACACGAAGCAGGCGGGGACUGUUUGAAAUUCCGCCUCCUGCCUAGAACUUUCCACAUGAAGGAUGUCCAGAGAAGAGAAGAAAUCCUGCAAAUUAGUACCAUGUUGUCGACAUUGAGAUAUUUAUUUUUACACUGCAAAUUUGUAUUAGGACAUAACCGUUUCUUGAUUGUUUGACAGAGACCUUUUUUCCCUCCAUCUGAACAGCAGGCCUGAUCUGAUUGGCUGGCUGUGAGCAUGUAUUGCUGUAAUCCUCUUUUUUUUAAGUCUGUUUCUCAGUUCGUCGUUUCAUCUGGAAUAAACAAGCACUGUUUUUUGUUGCUGGUCUAACCUGCAAGGCUGAGUGCUAAAGAACAACAAGGACCUGUUUUUCCCUCGUUUUUUUUUUAAAAGAAAAAACAGAUGACGAGAACAGAAGAUGGUGACAGUUUCUUAGUAAUGUGAGGUGCUCACGCUGCGUGUACUUGCAGGCCCGGGUGCCUGUCAAAGUCUUUCUUUGUCCACGCUGUGCCCGUCCUGCUUGGCCAACCCCCUCCACAGCGCCCCCUGAUGCCAUUCACAAGAAUUGUUUGAGCAUCAUGUAAGGAAUAUUUAAGAGCAAAGUGAGGGUGCCUAUUUUGUGGUGGGGGUAUUUGGCAGUAUCUGUUCUCUCCUAUCCUUCCCCCCUUAUUUAUUUGGUGUAUUUAUGUGUAGUUAUGUACAGCUGACUUCUAGAGCUUUUUUUUUUAAUUGUCAACGCUCAUGUUUAAUGUUCUCUGUGAUGGAACUGGUGUAAGAGCAGAUCAGUCCCUUUUAGAUGUCGUGCUGUCACUAAAAUUGUCGCUGUGGUCUUUACGCAGUUCGUGUCUGAAUGGGUCCGUGGUGUUUAAAUAACCCACCUCUGUCUCAUUCGGCUGUUAGUGCUCAUUUGCUCCGAUGGUGCAUAAAGGUGACACAGAUCCCACUUAAUAGUAAGGGACCUGUCCGAGUUUUUCUGUCUGUGUGCACAUCCCCAUCGUCCUCCUCUGAAUCCUUUUUAGUGCUUCUGGCUCCACAGUCGGCGAUUCUGACUUCGGCUGUGGUUUUAAAUCAGUAUUUAAAUCCAAAUUGAAUCACCAUCGGAAACGGUGUGGGGGGAAAAAAGGGCAGGCUAGUCCCCAUGACGAUGUUUUAUUUAAUCUUUGUUGAGGAAAUAGGCAUGGACCUUAUUUUGAUUCUGAAUAAAACUCACUACCCUCUGUGAAAA